CUGCGACCGCGACCGCGGCUGCACGGCAUUCUGCCAUUUUCCUCACGCGGUUCUACGACCGAUCGCGUCCGUCGACCUUACCAUGCUCCAGCCCGUGCACACCUGUCUCCGAGGGAUCCUGCACCGUUCUCGUCGCGCGAUAUUCCACGCUGCUGCGAAGAAUCAGCCGGAGAGGUCCUCCUGUGCGCGCCGCUGUUGACAUUGCUCUUCCGCCGCUCUUCAUUCCACUUUCUCGGAUGCUCCUUUGGAUUUUUCCCAGGAGCACCCCGGUGAACAUUCGUCACCGUGAGAUUGCGAACGGACCAGCCACCCUUCGGCAUUAACGUCCCUACACCGCCAUCGUGCUUCCGGCUGCUCGUUAUUCCGCGAAUUACGCGAGGUCGGCCUUGAUUAAUCCCUGGAUCGUUGUGACGGUAAUCGACGCAACAGCCCAGACCGUCGAAACCUCCGUCAUCGUCUGAAACCAUCAGUAAUUCCUUCAGAAAUCUCUGGGAGUUGAAAUUAUUUUGCUGUUGACCUAGCUGACCCCGCAAAAAGGACGCGACAGGUAUCCCAGGUCGCUGAUGCUGAGGACAAGGGGUCCAAAAUACGCGUAUCCGAGUAUCUGCGUAUCAAAACCAGCUAACCGAAGACUGGGGAAUAAUUACAGGCGUAAGAAGGACAAAUGAAAACAGAGAAAGCGUGAGAAAAGUGGGAAGAAUAGGAAGUUGGAAGAUCAGAGAAGUCCGCGGAGAAGUUGGCGAGGUGUCUAGACUCGGCGAGAUUGGGCAAAAGGCGGAGACAAAUAGGAGUUGAUAGGUAACGGGUGUUGGAAGUUGGAAAGUGGUGCAGGAAGGGUCGCGAAGCCGCCCUGACACACUUCAACGACGUGGCCAUAUCUGACGGAAUGGAAGAGAAGACGAGGUGAGGAAGAACAGGCGAAGCUACGGGCUCGAUCGAACGGAAGAAAGCGAAACGUGGUGGUGGAGAAAAGUAAACAACCCUGCGCAGGGGGUGCAAAGCGGGGAAGUGGAGUGGAAGAAAGAAGGUGACGCCGAGAGCGUCGGAGGAGUCUUGACAAAAAGAAACGACCUUCGAGCAGAGAUCUAAUAACAACGAGACACGGGGUUGGGGGAAUAUGAAGAGAAAGAAACAAGAUUAAGUGGCCGGGAGACGAGGAGCUGGGACGAAUAGAGACAGCGAAAUUGACGGCAGAGGCGCGGAUAUUCGAUCGAAUGAAUAACCGAGCCAUGAGUGGUUGGAAGCAUGAGAAUUCCGAGUGGAUGUCUUCCCUCGACCCGAAAGUACUCGGCUACACGUUACACCGGCCACCGUUACUCGCCUCACGUAUCCAGAGCCACUGAGAGAGGCAAAAAUGGGUGCCAACCAGUCGACGAGGAACGAGCCUAUCCCUGGGGAAGAAGUGAACUUCGAUCACUUUCAAAUCCUGCGAGCUAUCGGGAAAGGAAGCUUCGGAAAGGUGUGCAUAGUGCAGAAACGAGAUCGCACUGGAAACAUGUACGCGAUGAAGUACGUUCACAAGGGUGAGUGUGCCGUGAAGGGCGCGCUGAAGAACGUCGUGAGAGAAGUGGAGAUCCUCUCGCAGCUCGAACACCCCUGUUUGGUGAACCUGUGGUUCAGCUUCCAAGACGAGGAGGACUUGUUCAUGGUCUCCGAUCUUCUGCUCGGUGGUGAUCUGAGGUACCACAUCCAGCAAGAGGUUCUUUUCACGGAGGAAAGCGUUGUGCUGUUCGUGGCAGAGAUCGCCCUGGCCCUCGAUUAUUUGCAAAGCUACAAAAUCGUCCAUCGAGACAUAAAACCCGAUAACAUCCUGCUGGACGAGGAAGGACACGCGCACGUGACGGAUUUCAACAUUGCUACGGUACUGGAGAAUGGUGAAUUGGCCACGUCGAUGUCAGGAACAAAACCGUACAUAGCUCCGGAAAUUUACAUGUGCUCUUGCGAGGAAUAUGGCGUCCUGGGCUACUCGUUCGCUGUGGAUUGGUGGAGCCUUGGAAUUCUUGCUUGGGAAACCCUCGCAGGCGAGCGCCCUUAUCCUCUCUGCUCCACUACGUCAUACAGAGAGGCUUUGCAGAUCCUGCAGAAGGAGAAACCGACACCCUCUGGCUGGAGUUCGAUGAUACGCGAGCUUCUGGACAGGCUAUUAACCGUGGCGCCAGGCGCGCGGAUAUCGACGCUGAAGGAGCUGAAGCAAGUGAACGCGAUGAGGGAACUCGACUUCGACAAAGUGUUGAACAAGCAAAUCAAGCCGCCUUUCACGCCUCCGAAGGAUCACCUGAACUGCGAUCCGACGUUCGAACUGGAGGAGAUGAUCAUCGAGACGAAGCCGUUGCACAAGAAAAAGAAGCGUCUGGCGAAGCAAAGGUCCCUGAAAGUCGAUCAUCCCCCGGAGGACGUGGGGAUCGGACUCGCGGAAGGUGCCGGGCCGAGCAGCGAUCUCAGGAGAUUAGCAUUCAUCCCGGAAUACCGGGUGUACAAUCGGGAACGCGAAAUGGAGAGGCAGGAGAGGGAGAGGAAGGAGAAACAGUGGGAGGAGGAUUUGAACACUGCCAUGAAGGGUGCCGAGGAAAGGCUGAAGACGAAGCAGCAGCCGCCACAGCGUACCGGAAACCUCCUCAGCGUCUCGACGAGCAACGUGAAGACACGCAUAAGCUCAUCACCGAGGCAAGGAAGACGAGCCAGUACUGCAACCUCGUCGGAUAUCGACUACAUCGAUGCUAGUCCUGAACCUUCCACGUCGUAAACACCGUCUAGACGCCCCAAGAACGGACCUCGAUGUGGAAAGAACGUAUCGGACAGUGCUCGUAGUUGAAAACCAGUGCCCGAUUG